CCCCGUCUCUUUCAUCCCCAUCCUCCUCUUUCCUCCCACCGCAGCCCCUGCACCAGAUCGACCCACGGCCACCAUCUCUGGCCCGCCGUGCGCCCCGCCGGCCUCCCACCUCCCCUGCGCGGCUGUGCCGGCUGGCCGCCGGGUCCGACCUCCCCUACAUCUGUCUUCCCCUGCCCCCGUCGGCCGCCCGCCGGCCGCCGGGCUCGUCUUCCCCUUAGCGGCCGCCGCCUCCCUACGUUAGGGGCCAAACCUGGAACUUUGCCCCCGCGGACGGGGAGGAGCCACGGGGAGUCAUUUUUUUCGGCUCCCUCCCCGUCUAACGGCUCCAGUCACCGCAUUUUGCGGAGCUCCCGUGGUGAAGCCGUUUCUUCGUCACCCCUUUGGCAGGGCUUCACCAGAAGCCCGUGGUGAAGCCGGUCGGGAAGACCUGCCAAACGGGGUGGUGAUGACGAUGAGGAGGGAAACAAAAUGAGGGGUGGUGUCAGUGGGGGUGACGAACGGGAAGACAUCCACUGCUGCCAUCUUGGAGAUGGGAAAGCAAAAGGAAGGGAGAGCCAGCAGCAACAAGAAUAUGAUGGCUGAUGACCGGGAGAAAAAAAACAAGACGACUACAUGGAAUGGUCACAAUAAGGUGAAGAGUAGUAAGAAGGUGUCCACUACAUCUCUUGAGAAGAUGAGGAAAAAGGAAAAACUUUGCAAUGCCAACAACAAGAAGAAAAUGCAAAUUUGUGAUGAUGAGGAGGGAAAGAAUAGGAAGGAGUCCACCACGAUAUCUGAGAGGAAGGAUAAGGAAAAGAUGAAUAAAACACACAAAGAGAAGAUGAGGGCUGCUAACAGCAAGGAGAGAAAGAUACUGAGUGGCCACGAUGGGGUAAAGAAGAGUGUGGAGGUGUCCACUGCAUUCUUUGGGAAGGAAAAGAAAGGGAAAAGGCUGAACAAGACCAUCAAUUUGGAGCUGCAGAGCGAUGAAGAUGAAGAGGAGGGGGUGUGGAAUUACGAUGGCAAGGUGAAGAAUGGGAAGGUGGCCACAGCAUUUUCUGAGGAAGAGAAGAGAAAGAGAAGGCCAAACAACAACACUGAGAAAGAGACUGCAGCAUUAACACCUGCUGUUAAGGAGAAGAGAAUGAGGCCCAGUGAGAGCACGGAGAUGAUGAUGCUCCAUGACAAACCGAAUGGGAGAAAUGUGGCGUCUAAUGUAUCCAAAGAGAAGAAGAUGGAUACAUCAAGUGGUUCUAACUAUAAAAAAAGGAAGAGGGAAGAACCAGACUCACUAUCGAAGAAAGAAAAGAGGGUGUGGUGCAAUGCUAGUGAUAAGAAGAUUUAUAGUGGUACGGUGCAGGAAAAGAAGAUAUGUGGCAGUGGCAAGGAAAAGAAUAGGCAGGCUCCCUUCACAUUCUUCAAGUUCAUAUACAACUAUUUCGAGGAAUUUCUGCUUAUACCACCAGCUGUUGCACCCAAAUUGGAGGAUUUGACUAAUCGUGAUGUAUAUCUUGAAGAUUCAGAGAAAAGACGUUCAAAGGUCAGGCUAUCUGUGGUGGAUGGUUCGCUCGCUUUUCAUCAGGGAUGGGAUAUUUUUGUUUCAGACCAUUUGAUUAAACUGGGGGAGUUUUUGUUGUUUGAGUACACUGCUAGGAAAAGAUUUUCUGUGCGGAUUUUUGGUAUAGAUUCUUGUGAAAGGUUGGAUUUUAAAAAAGACCCCAAAAGAGUUGAACAGGGGAUUGGGUAUGGACCGCCACAAGAUAACAAUAAUGGAAGUUUGAUCGAUCGUCAAUGCAAAACAAAGGGUACUUCUCCACUUCACAGCAAAAAGAAAACAGUAAUUCUGAUUUCGGAUUCAGGAAUUUCAGCAGACAAUGAGGAUACGUUGAAUAUCACAUCAGAUGCAGAUUCAACACAUCAUGUGACUAUUAAUACCAACAAAGACCUGAAAAGAGUUCAAAGUGGUGUUGGAAAUUUGCCUGAUGGAGUGUGCAGAACCAAGUGUAUUUCACCACCUUGCAGUGAAGGAAAAACAAGUUCUGAAAUAAUUGUAACUGGUGCAGCUCCCUUAAUGCAUGAAAAUGAUGGUAGAGUGGGGCAUGAAUUAGAAAAACAUGAUUUGGAUGAAGAUUUAAUGAGGAAACAAGGAAUAAAUUCUAUUCCUUCAGAUUCUAUCACAGCUGUGGGGAAACAUCAGAAUCAUAGCAAGACGAUUGUCAGUCAAAACAUUUACAGAAAAUAUGCAGCUCCUGGAGGUUUUCGAUGCUUGGAGAAGUGGACGAAGGCUAUUGUGAACAGUCCAGCCACUCUUGAUGGCACUGUACCGAUUGAACCUGAAAACACAAGAAAAACUGGCAGCAUAUUGGUUGAUGGUUAUGGUUCAAUUGGGCUAAACGCCGGCAAUGAGUACUUCUGUUCUGAGGACCAUCAUACACUUGUCCUACCGGUAUUCACCAUGCCUGUCAAAGAACCCUUAAGUGCUGACAGAGUAUCAAAAUUCAGACAUGUUGGAACAGAUACUGACCAUAGUAUUAAUGAGAAAGGUGGAGGAGCUGCUGUUCAAAUUCAAACACAAGGGGAACAAUUGGAACCUGUGGGAAGCAUUGUAAUUAGCCAAAGCAAUAAUAUCCCUCUGUCUGCAAACACUGCAGUUCUGGGCGAGUACGGUGCACUAGGACGAAACCCUGCUGGACCUGAAGGAACUUGUGCCUUUGUCGAAUCAAUGCUAACAGUGCCUGUUGAGAAACCCUUGAGUCCUGAUGGAAUAUCCAAAUGUGGAAGCAGCAGGACAGAGAUCGAUCAUAAUGUCAAUGGAAAAGGAACUAUUGUUCAACUUGAAACAAAUAUGGAUCAAGUGGAGCUAGUGGGGAGCAGUGUAUGCAGCCAAAGUAGCAACGUUGCUAUGCAUGCCAACCAUGUGGUUGUACAUGAGCCAGAACAUUAUUUCUCCAGACAGGAAGGUAGAAAGUCUGCAAACUGUGCGAUGACAGAGUCUUUGUUGCCUAUGAAAGACAAAAUUCUGGAGUUGGAUGGUCAUUCUCUACUAAAGUUCAGUUUGCAACUCUGCGUUCCUGAUACCACUCGGAAAUGGCUUGUGAGUUGUGAGCUACCGAAGUCGCUUUUCGACACUGUUAAACAGAAAAGGCAUGACCGGAAUGUUAUAAUGCUGAAGGAUCCUACGAAUAGAUUGUGGACGGUUCUUUACCAUGAGAACCCGGUCUUCGUGGGCCUCACCGCGGGCUGGAAGCAUUUUGUUGCGGGAAACAACCUUCAGACUGGGGAUCUCUGCAAGCUUACUAAGGAGGCGGAUGGUGAUGAGCUGGUGUUCUCUGUUCAGAUAACGAAACGACGACUGUGAUGUGUGCAUGGUGUAUCAUCUUUUGUUAGGAAGAAUGCUUCAGUUGAAACAACUCCACGGAUCGUGUGGCAACCUUGUGGAUCUGCCGUAUUUCCAGGAAUUCGUGUGGAGACCAUGUGGAAUCUGCCGAUUUUGGGUGUGCAUAGCACCAGUGCCGUGGACAGUGAUUGGUGGACUUUUGACGAUCCACAUCCAAAAAAAAAUAUAGAAGUCAGGCUGAAGGUUGCAUAUAUCAGACGUUGGAAACUGCUAGUCCAUUUGUUGGGUGUACCAUGAAUCAUGAUGCUGCGCAGCUGCAGUGACAGCAAAAGGCGCCGGCCAGUUCACUUCAACGCUGCGCCACUUGAUCCUGGUAGCAUGUCGACCGUGCCUGAACUGGGUAAAGAUCUAUAUUGGUAGAAAAAAACGUUGAAUCUGCCUUUAUUUAUAUUGGUAGAAAAAAACGUUGAACCUGUCGAUAUUCUUGGCGACGAGGUUUAGUUUUUUC